AUGCAAGGUUACUUCAAGAACAAAGAAGAAAUCGAGAAGACGAUCAAUGAAGAAGGCUGUCUUCACACAGGAGAUAUAGGUACAUUGAUGAUGAUGGAGAUAUCUUUAUCUUUGAUCGCAUCAAAGAACUCAUCAAAUACAAAGCUCGCUUUUUAUUUCCGGUUUAAUUCUGCACUCGAUCCUAAGCAUGAAGAAGUAGUAGAAGAAACUAUGAUCCUUGAUCUCUUACAAGUAAUUGCGUGGUUGUUUAACGGUUUAUGA